UUGUGCAAAGGUUUGAAACAUUCGCAGUCUGACCAUCGUCAUUUCUAGUUGUUUCUGGCAAUCGCUCAAAAAUAAUUACAUUCCUCCGCCGUUUUUCCGAGAACGACGCUGAAGUAGACUUAUUUUUUGCCACACCACCGUUCUGAAGUUCUUUGUCGCAUUUAUCACCUUUAUGGAGUCUUCUGGAGUCUUUCAACUAAAGCACAACCACCCUCAUGGAAGCCACAGAGCCCGAACAAAACCACCUGGUGGGCGCCACUUUUGGUGGGAAGGGAACUCCUAAACCGGAAAUAGAUAAGCUGCUAAGCGGGAAAAAUGGAACCAUCCGCGGCCAAGACAAAGCGCGACUCAUUAAUCCUCACCUGGUGCUGUUGAAGGUGUCGCUGUUCCUGAUUUUUGGCGCCACUUCGUCCCUGGUGCCGUAUCUGACGGUUCACAUGCAAAGUAUCGGGCUGACGGUGGGCGAAAUUGCGACCGUUUAUUUGACGCUGCUGGUUACCACCUGUCUGAGUCCGCCCUUGACCGGAUAUAUUGUGGAUCGGUUCGGUCGGUACAAACCGGUGCUUCUAGUAAGCUUGGCACUCAAUAUGGUGGCUCAUCAUACGCUAGAUUUGGUCCCAAGGAGGCAGCCGUUUCAAAUGGUUCCAGUUGGGGUGCAGCUUGAAGUGAAAACCGGCAGCAUUGGGGAACUGCUUUUGAUGGAAGCUCCGUGUGAUAUACAAAUAUGCCCAUCAUUGGACCGUCUUCAGACCAACUUAGAGAGCUGCGUCAGUGUCAACGAUGUCAAGAUGGCAUUGCAAAUCAAAAUUCUGUCACCCAACGAAUCGUGUGCAGGAAUCCCCUCAAUUCCGAUUUGUAUCACUCCGGAAAGCAAUCUCACAAAUUGGACCAAACUUGUAAAAUGUCCUAACAGAAGUGAAAACGAUAAAACAUUCUGGUACUACUUGAUGGUGCGAUUCGUAGCUACCACAAUGCUUUCCGCCAGUUUAACCCUAACGGAUCCGGUAGCUCUCACCAUGAUCGAGCAGCACGGUGGAGACUUUGGGCGGGAAAAACUAUUUUCCAGCGUUGGUAUGGCAAUUUUCACGCCUCUCACGGGACUUCUGAUCGAUUACUAUUCGGUGGAUCACUUCAACACAAACUACGAACCAGCUUUCAUAACGUAUGAUUUCUUACUGGGUUUAUCACUCAUAUCCGUUGCAUUCCUUCCGGUCGGUAAAAAGCUGCCUUCGGAAAGCAUUCUGAAGCACUUGCUUCAAAUUCUGCAGCUUCCACACGUUAUAGCAUUCGUGUUCUUCCUGUUUUUCCUGGGUAGCUUCUGGGGUUUCAUCGAGAGCUACCUGUUUGUGAUCAUGAAGGAAAUGGGUUCCCCAAAUUAUCUCCUGGGGCUAACCUACACCGUGGGAACCGUUGCCAGCAUUCCGAUGAUGUACCUCACGGGCCCGAUCACCAGAAAGGCAGGACAUGUAAACUUAUUGGUGCUGGCGUUUUUCGCCCAUGCUUUAAGGAUUUUGGGAUAUUCUUUCAUCCACAAUCCUUUUUGGUGUUUUCCGAUCGAACUGAACGAAGCUAUUUCCUGUUACUUUAUGUGGGUGGUGGCCACAACUUAUUGUGCUGUGCUGGCACCUAACAGCUUAGUAGCCACUCUAAUCGGCGUCGCAGGAAUGGUUCAUUUCUGUUUGGGAAAAGGUGUUGGGUCGGUCUUCGGAGGAUUUAUGAUCGUUCAGUAUGGGACGAGAAUGGCAUUCCGUUACACGGGAUAUAUUGCCGUUGGAUGUGGCUUAGCGUACAAAGCAUUACAUCUACUUUGGUUGAAAAAAUAUGAUAAUCAUCAAGCAAUUGAGAAAGUCGAACAUGAAUUAAAGAGUGUGUCCUCAUGAAUGAAAUAUAAGUUUCUCUAAUUUAAAUACAUUUGAAAACAAUUGUGAUGUAGGAAACUAUAGCAAGAAAUUAAAUUGACUUUGAACAUACAUUAUUUUUUUUUAACUGAACAAGAAUCCAAAUGAUUCCAAUUCACCGAAAUUUCAGCUUUGAUGUAUGCUUAACAUCAGUUUCAACCAUUUUCAAUUAAAUUUUACGAAAAUAGGGUAGAAGCACUAGUUAUUUAACAGGUAUCAGAUAUUGAACAUUAGCAAAACAUAAACCAAUGAAAAAUUAAACAAAAACCGCCGUGCCACUGUUGAAAAACUUUCUACCUUGGUUUGAAUUUUUAUCAAAAUUUCGGACUCUAAGAGCUUUAAUCUGCAAAACUUUAAUAUUUGUUCAAAUUUUUACAUGAUUUUUUACUGGAUGAAGAAAACAGCCAUUUUUUGAUUGGGAUAAAAAUUGGAUUAAAAACAAAUAA